AUGGCUGGGUUCAACCGGAUCCAGCUGCUGCUUCUGCACUCCCUGGCCCUCUGGUGCGCCGUCAACGCCGGAGGCCUGCACCCGCACACCGAGGGUUACUCGCACCAGAUCCACCACCCGGACGGCUCGACACACCACUCGACCUUCAUAAAGCACAACACUGACGUUGUGCCUCGCGAUCACGACUCCAGCGUUUACGACCACUCCUCGGGACACGUGGUGUCGGUCCACUCCACGGGACCCCACGGAGUCGGCGCGUACGGAGGAGGCUACGGUGGUUCCCAUGUCGUAGCUGCAAGGCCGGCGGGCGCGGCGCUCUACGGCGGUGGGGCGCUCUACGGCGGAGGGGCGCUCUACGGCGGAGGGGCGCUCUACGGCGGAGGGGCGCUCUACGGCGGAAGGGCGCUCUACGGCGGCGCGGCAUACGGGGGGGCUUACCUGUCCCGGCCAGCGGUCACUCAGGUGGUCGCCCAACCGGCCGUCACUCAGGUGGUCGCCCAACCGGCGGUCACGCAGGUAGUUGCCCGCCCCGCCGUUACUCAGGUAGUGGCUCCCGCGACAACCUCCGUUGUCAGCCACGGAGGUUUCGGCGCCGUCUACCCCGCCGGCUACGGCUACGGAGGCUUCGGCUAUGGCGGUUACGGCGGCCUUCGCUAUGGCGGUGCCGGCUACGGCGUCGGUCUCGGCUACGGCGGCGGCGUUGGCUACGGCGUGGGUCUCGGCUACGGAGGUUUUGGCUACGGCGGCGGUUACGGCGGCGGCUACGGCUACUCCCGCACGUCCUUCCAGAGGGGCCCCUACAUCGGUAACAGGAGGAUCCCGACGGCCUUCGGCGAGGUCCACGUCCCACACCACGAGUACCACCACCACGAGCACGACACCGUUCAUCCUCCGACCUUCGGAGCCUACGGAGCCUACGGAGGCUACGGAGGGGGCUACGGCGUCGUCGCUCAUGCCCCAGCUGUCCAGGUGGCGGCGGCUCCGGUUGGAGUGUCCGUCGUUCAGCCCGCUGCGGCCGCCGUCUACUCCCAGAGGUUCGCGGUGCACGCAGCACCCGCUGCUGCCGCUGUGGUGCAGGCUGCACCCGCUGCUGUAGUCCACGCGGCGCCCGCUGCCGUCGUACACGCCGGAGGUGAAGUCCACCACAAGCUGGUUGGUCCUGAUGGCUCUAUCCUCGGCCGGCUUAAGAAAUAA